UGAUCUCUAUAUAACUCAAGGACUAGUAGGUUUUUCAAGUAACACUCACUAGAUUACUCUUCUUUCUUUCUUGUCCUUGCUCCAAAAAAUGGCUUCAAAAUCCAUUCUUCUUCUAGGCAUUUUUCUUGUGGUGGCCACUAAGGUUUAUUCCUAUGAGGAAGAUCUCAAAAUAGUGGUGAACUAUGCAAACCCUUCAGCUCCUUCUGUUCUUGCUCCACCAGUAAAACCAACGCCAACACCUGUAGUGACGGCUCCAACACCACCUUCUCCGGUGAAGGCACCGCCAACAACUCCACCAUAUGUCAAGGCACCUCCUUCUCCUCCAUUGACAAAAACACCACCUUAUCAAUCACCACCUUUUGUGAAACCACCUUCACUUCCACCGUUCACAGCACCAACUCCUCCACCAACUUCUCAGCCACCUGUUGCUACAACUCCACCGGCAGCACCUACUCCUAUCGUCAAAUCAUGGAAGGAUUGUGUUCCACUAUGUGGUUAUAGGUGCCAAUUACAUUCAAGGAAGAACCUAUGCUUGAGAGCAUGCGUGACAUGUUGUAACCGUUGCAAAUGUGUCCCUCCAGGAACUUAUGGCAACAGAGAAAAGUGUGGCAAAUGCUACACUGAUAUGUUGACUCGUGGCAACAAAUACAAGUGUCCAUAGAUACACAGAUUCACACACCUAAUUAUGAGUUUGAAAAAAUGUAAUAGUGAUUAUGAUUAAGGUUUUAAGUUGCUGGUUUAUUAAAUAAUUUAGGGCCCGGCAUUAAUUAUGCAAGUUAAUUAAUUACUACUAGUAUGUUAUAUGUAUGUGAUCUUUGUGGUCCAGAAAUUUAACAUGGAAUUAUGGAAGUAUAUUUUGUUGUUGAAAAUCCAGGAGUAUAAUUAAUAUGAAGUUAUGAUCUUGAUGAGUUUGAUUCUA